AUGCGCCACGAGCGGCAGCAGCAGCAGCCGCUCUUAGAGGAGGCACCACGCCUGCAGGACCGCAGCACACGCCAGCGCCAGCGGGACGCCGACUGGCCGCCAGCCCCCGCCACCGCUGGUGCAGCCGCAGCAGAAGGUCCUGCACCCGCCGCCCUGCAGCAGGCGCAGCGGCAGGAUGGCGCCGCCAGCCCGGCGGCACCGCCGCUCCCCGAGCACGAGCACAACACGCGGCACGCGCAGCGCCAGCGCGAGGAGUUGGCCCGCCGCAAGGUCAGCUUUGCCCCGGGGCCUUGGGCGGGCAAGUUCUCCACGCACGACGGGCACCCAGACCACGAGGGCCAGCUGGCGCGGCAGCGCCGCAGCUCGGGCAUGGGGUGGGGCCGCGACCUGACGCCCAGCGCGGUGCGGGCGGUAGAGGCGGAGCUGGGGGAGGAGUGCCGGCCCUCCAUCGACCGCCUGAAGCGAAGGGUGGGCCUGCUGCCGCUGCGCAAGCGGCCGCUGGAGUAUUAUGUCGUCAUCAACGGCGGCGCCAGCAGCGGCCAGCAGAAUGGCGCCGCCAACGGCACCACCCACGGCGCCGGCACCCGCGCCGCGGCAGCCAAGGCAGCCACCGCGGCAGCGAUUGCAGCAGCGGCAGCAGCCAACGGCAGCGAAGGCUUGGGGGACAGGAACAGCGCAGAGGGCAGCGAGGAAGCAGGGGGGCAUCAUGCCAAGAAGCCGCGGGGCGCGCAGCGCUCUGUUGCGGAAGCAGCCCCCGACCCCGCACCCAAGCAGCAGCAGCUAGCAGGCCCCUCCGCAGAAGCGGACGCUGCCAACGGCAAGCCAGCCAAGCCGCUGCCCCCCAGGCUGAGGCAGCCGCACCACGACUCUGCAGGCAGCGUGCUGGCCAAGCUGCCUGCAGGCGCCAGCAUGCGUCCCACGGCCGUCACCUUCACCCGCAAGCGCGCCCAGGCAGAGACGGCUGCCCCCGACCAGCAGCAGCAGCAGCUGCACAACAGCCCUGCCAAGCGAGCCAGCCAGCGCUUGGGUGGCCUGUCUGGCCCGGUGGGGGGCGGCCUGCUGGGGACCUUUGGCAAGCAUGGCAAUGCCGGCAUUUGA